UCACGCUGACGGAGAUGCCGAAAUGAAUGAAUGACUUGAGGGAAUGAGCUGAGUGACCACCAGGCUUAAUAUGAGGCAUUGGACUGCAGGCUCUACGGGACAAAGCCCAUUCGUUAACAGCAAUCUGACACGACAUCCCAUCGUCACCAUGGCAUCUACCAUCUCAUCCAAGUAUCAAGAACUGGUCUCCAGAAGCAGGCUGAUCUCAGGAGGACGUCCCAACAUCUACCAGCUGGAACCCACCAAGAAGGAGUGUGGUGCUCUGACCAGACUGACUGUUGGAGAGAGAAACCUGAACAGACCCAAUAAAACCAUCCUGCUGGUUGGUGAAAGAGGAACUGGAAAGUCGACACUGAUCAAUGAUCUGUUCAACCACAGCAUGGGAGUGACGUGGGAGGACGAAGUCUGGUUCCAGCUGGUGGAGGAGAGCUCUGAUCAGAGUGAGAGUGCCACCUCAGAUGUUAUGGUGUACCAGAUCUUCGAAUUUGAAAGUAAUGCUCCAGCCAACUCUCUGACCAUCAUCGAUACUCCGGGAUUCGGAGACAUCGGAGGGACAGAACACGACGCAAUCAUCAGUGAAAGACUGCUGGACAUGAUUCAAGUGAGGGCGGUGUGUGCAGCCUUGACGCGGUGGGUCUGGUGGUGAAGUCCAGCGUGAAUCGUCUGAGUGACCGACUGUCGUACACCUUCAACUCAGUGAUGUCUCUGUUUGCAAAAGACAUGGAGAGAAACAUUGUGGUUCUGGUGACCCACUCAGAUGGAAUCACACCUCAAAAUACUCUUCAGGCUCUCGAUGCAGCCAAAAUCAAAUGUGCGAGGAACGAGAAGAACCAGCCAACUCACUUUCUGUUUAACAACCAACAGAAAACAGAGAGAACAGAGGAAGAUGAAAAAAGUUUGGAGCAUGCAUGGAGAAUCUCCAAGAGAGGGAUGGACCAGUUCACCGCCUUUUUAGAUGGAACGACUCCUCAGGAACUGGAAGAAACGGCCGAAGUCCUGCAUGAACGUGUUUGUCUGACAGCCUGCAUCCAAAACCUGCAGGAGCAGAUCCAUCUGACGAAGCUGAAGAGACCAAAGAUCCAGCAGAAGCAGGAAGCUGUGAGAAAACAUGAAGUAACAAUGGCACAAAAUAAGAACUACGAGGGUUUAUAGAUGAGUCAUACAAAGACACAGAGGAGAUUCCUGGAGGCUCGGGCUCGGGCUCGGGCUUGGGCGGCGUCAUGGCGUCGAUGUGGGCAACAUCGUCGCGGCGAACAUUGUGGGCAGCGUCAUCGUGGGCGUCGUCAUGGGCAACGUCAUGGGCUGUGCCAUACGCGGCGCCGGUGUGCGGCUCCAUGGGUGUCGUCAUAGCCGUUGUCUUGUCCUACAUCGUGGGCUACGACGACGACAUGAGGAGUCUCGUGGGCAGUCACACGGGCGGCUGAUGGUCGGUGCCGUGAGCGCCGUCGUGGGCACCAUCAUGUGCGACAUCGUGAACAGCAUCGUGAGCAGCUGUUGUGGGCAGCAUCGUGUGCGGCGCCGUGUGCGGCUCCAUGGCUGUCGUCAUAGGCGGUGUCUUGUCCAACAUCGUGGGCGACGACGACAACGUGAUGAGCCUCAUGGGCAGCUACAUGGGCGGCGUCGUGGGCAUCAUCGUGGGCAUCAUCGUGGGCCUCAUCGGGGCCUCAUCGUGGGCAUCAUUGUGGCUGGCGCCGUGCGCAGCAUCAUGGGCGGCGUCGUGAGCAGCAUCACGGGCGUUGCCGUGUACGUCGUCGUGUUCAGCGUCAUCGUGGUUGGCAUCAUGCUCAGCAUCAUGUACUUUGUCUCCACGCUUGGGUCCCGAAGUUUUCAGGAGCUGUCCAACUGCAAGUCCUGCGAGGAGACGUGUCACUAUCCAUGCACUCAGGCCAGGAAAGUGAGAAGUGUCGUGUGAUGAAAGAUGGCCGCUGCACUGCUUGCAGAAACAGGUGUCCUGCACUGGAUCACAUCAAAGACACUUGGAAAUAUGUCACUAAGACACGGAUAGUGCCAUACACUGAUGAAACUCAUGAA